AUGUCACCAAUUCAAUUCUUUAAUAAAAAGUCGUUGAUAGUAUUUGUGUUGACAAAGAUGGCUAACACGGCAAAAUGGAUGCUCAGUCUCGCCAUAUCGAACAAUGAGCUAUCAGAUAAUGGAGAAAUGAAAGAGAUUAAGAGAGAAAGAAUGAAUUCACUAUUAAGGGGUUGUAAUUCAACGACGAGAUCAAUUGUAUCGAGAUAUCUCUUAUUACCAACAGCAACAACAACAACAACAACAACAACACCAAUAACAACACCAAUAACAAUCGAUCAACUCUGUUUUGGGUUUUGUAAUAACAACAAUGAAACUAAGAAUAACAACAACUAUAUAAGAAAUAAUAAUAAUAAUAAUAAUAAUAAUAACUACUUUCAACAAAAGAGACAAUAUUGUACAGAAUCAAUGAUGAUGAUGAUGAGUAAUGCAAAUCAACAAAUGCCAUUUGAUCAACUAAAAGAUUUGUUUAUCAGACAUUCAUUUCAUUAUAAAUCAACUCUACCAGAGAAUAUCCUCAGUAAAGUAUAUUCAAAUGAAACUAAAUUCGAUGGUUUACAACGUUUAAUAGAAUCUCAAUCAUUACCACAAUCAGAGAUUAAAAAGGUAUCAAAAGAAUUGGAUGAACUUCGAGAACAAGUUAAUAGUUGGAAGGUAUUGUUGGUGAAAUGUCAAGAGUUGAGAGAAUUGGAGGAGAUGGUAUCAGAGGUAAAAGACAAGGAAGAAAAAGAGUUGAUGAAUCAAGAUUUAAAGGAAAUGGUGGAACAGGUAAAAGAUAGUGAAAGAGCAUUGGUUAUGAGUCUAUUGCCGAGUGACAAGGAUGACGAAGGUAAUGCCAUCAUGGAAAUUCGUGCUGGUACUGGUGGUUCUGAGGCACAACUAUUUGCAUUGGAAAUGCUUGGUAUGUACGAGGGAUACGCUCAAACGAUGGGUUGGAAGUUUGAAGUACUCGAAAUUGGUUGGACCGAUGCCGUCGGUAACAAAGCUUGUCGUGAUGCAAGUGCAAGUAUCUCUGGCAGAGGUGUAUUUGGAUUCUUGAAAAAUGAAAGUGGUGUACAUCGUGUACAGAGAAUACCAGAGACUGAAACGAUGGGUCGUGUACAUACUAGUACUGUCACCGUCGCCAUUCUACCAGAACCAAAGGAAGUUGAUAUUAAGAUUCGUGAUUCAGAGUUACGUAUCGAUGUGUAUCGGUCGUCGGGUAAUGGUGGUCAAUCUGUCAAUACUACAGAUUCUGCCGUACGUAUUACCCAUCUUCCAACUGGCACCGUAGUGGCCAUGCAAGAUGAACGUUCACAGCUCAUGAAUAGAGCCAAGGCCAUGAAGAUCCUUCGUGCACGUCUCUAUGAAGCUGAACGUUCACGACUACACAAUGAACGAUCGUCACAUCGAUCCUCUCAAAUUGGAGAUGCGUCACGUUCCGAAAAGAUCCGUACCUACAACUUCCCACAAGACCGUGUCACUGAUCAUCGUGUCAAUAUCUCUACCAACAACAUCGAGUCUGUCAUGGCAGGUGAAUCAUUAAAUGAUCUAAUCGAAGAAAUCAUCUUACAACUUCAAACUAAAGAUCUUGAUCUCAUUUUAAAUAAAGAUUAA